CAACAAACACACCAUAGGAGCUUUGUGGAUUCAAAGGAUUUGCUUUCGCUUCUGAAAGAGCCGCUAUUCUUUGAUGAUUGGGUAGCGGCAAACUUCAAAGCCAUAAAUCUUCCCUCUGACUGGCUGGCGGCCCAGCAAAGUCCUUAUCAAAUUCUUGGAGGUGAUCCUGAAGCGCUCAGACCGCGCGCGGGGCGAGCGAGCGGGGCGCGGCGAGAGGCGCAGGCGGGAGGGCCCCGGAGCGCAGAGAGGGCGCCGGGGAGGGACGCUGGGCGGCCGUUCGUCCUCGCCUUCGGGUCUCCAUGCCUCGGCAGCGCCCAGCUCCGCAGCCAACGGCCCGAAAGCUGUAGCUAUGGCCGCCGUGGCCGUCCUCCGGAACGACUCGCUGCAGGCCUUCCUCCAGGACCGCACCCCCAGCGCCUCCCCGGACCUGGGAAAGCACUCGCCCCUGGCGCUGCUAGCCGCCACCUGUAGCCGUAUAGGCCAGCCGGGAGCCGCUGCGCCCCCGGACUUCCUGCAGGUGCCCUACGACCCCGCGCUGGGCUCGCCCUCCAGGCUCUUUCACCCGUGGACCGCCGACAUGCCCGCGCACUCACCGGGCGCGCUGCCGCCUCCGCACCCCAGCCUGGGCCUGACGCCGCAGAAGACGCACCUGCAGCCGUCCUUUGGGGCGGCUCACGAGCUGCCGCUCACACCCCCUGCCGACCCCUCGUACCCCUACGAGUUCUCACCCGUCAAGAUGCUGCCCUCGAGCAUGGCGGCGCUGCCCGCCAGCUGCGCGCCUGCCUACGUGCCCUACCCUACCCAGGCGGCGCUGCCGCCCGGCUACUCCAACCUGCUGCCCCCGCCGCCCCCACCACCGCCACCCACGUGCCGCCAGCUGUCUCCCAACCCAGCCCCCGACGACCUCCCGUGGUGGAGUAUCCCGCAGGCGGGGACCGGUCCGGGGACCUCCGGGGUUCCGGGGGGCGGCCUCUCCGGCGCCUGCGCCGGGGGCCCGCACGCACCUCGCUUCCCCGCCUCAGCGGCCGCCGCCGCCGCGGCCGCCGCCGCCGCCGCCCUGCAGCGGGGCCUGGUGUUGGGCCCGUCGGACUUUGCGCAGUACCAGAGCCAGAUCGCUGCGCUGCUGCAGACCAAGGCCCCCCUGGCGGCCACGGCCAGGAGGUGCCGCCGCUGCCGCUGCCCCAACUGCCAGGCGGCUGGCAGCGCCCCCGAGGCAGAGCCGGGCAAGAAGAAGCAGCACGUAUGCCACGUGCCGGGCUGCGGCAAGGUGUACGGCAAGACGUCGCACCUCAAGGCGCACCUGCGCUGGCACACGGGCGAGCGGCCCUUCGUGUGCAACUGGCUCUUUUGCGGCAAGAGCUUCACGCGCUCGGAUGAGCUGCAGCGGCACCUGCGGACUCACACCGGCGAGAAGCGCUUCGCCUGCCCAGAGUGCGGAAAGCGCUUCAUGCGCAGCGACCACCUCGCCAAGCACGUCAAGACGCACCAGAAUAAGAAGCUCAAAGUUGCCGAGGCCGGGGUCAAGCGGGAAGACCCGCGGGACCUGUGAGCCUACCGCGGGGCGACUCGAGGCCUCUCCCGCCUGGGACUCCCUUCCCAGCCCCUCUUUGGGGAGGUUCCGGAGCUCUGUGGGCAGCUGGCGGAGGGAAGACCCAACAGGCUCUUGCGUCUUCCUUCUGCCCUCCUCCCAAAGCAACGCCCGGCUCCCAGCUUCCCUGGCCCGGCCUUCGGACAGGGACCCUGUGCCCCGGAGGAACAGGGGAAGUAGGGUGAGGAGCACUGCGUCACGCCAGGGCGGUUUCAAGCUCUUAACCAUUCCCACCGUCUAGGAGAUCUACAGUUUGGGGGGACCACACUGGGCUGACCUUGUAUAUAGGAAACACUGUUGAGUUAAAGCAGAAGGACCUUGGGAGAUUUGAAAUUGUGCUUGCUUUUUUUUUUUUCUUUCUUUUUUUUUUUUUGCUAGGACCCGUCCGGGCUUUGUACAGGUUAUUUAAUAGCUUUGUUAAAGAAUAAUUAUAAUAAUUAUAACGUUAAUAAAAAUGUUACUUUUGUCCUCAGCUCCAUGCAGAGCUACAGCAUGAAAUGUCUCUGUAAAGCAAUCCGCAGUUGCAGCGUGAAAAUAAAUACGUUAACUCUGGGGUCACCUCGGGACCCGGCUGA